CAGUAAUGAAUAUACAAUGGAAAAUUUCAGUAAAAACAUCUUCAACUUGGUUUUGCUUACUGAGGGAAUUUUAAAAAGGCAUUGGGCUAAAAAAAGGCAUGAAAAAAAAUUUUUUUUUGAAUGUCGUAGGGGAAAGAGAAGAAUAAAAAUUUAUAUAAAUAAAUUUAUAAUACAAACUAUAACUUCCUCUCCCUCCUUCCACUCUCUACCCUCCCCCCCCCCAUAUCCCCUCCUUCUUCCUCUCUCCCUCCUCCGUCCCCCUACCCCUCCUCCGGACCUUGCCCUCCACCCCCUCCCUUUCCUCCCAAGACCAUUUCAUAAGCACGUUUAUAGACUUUUGAAGACAAACUAUAACUUCUUCCUCCCUCUCCCUCUUUCCCCUCUCCCUCCACCGCCACGCUCCCCAUUUAUCCCCUUACUCCCUCCCUUCUCCCACCUUCCCCCCACCAUUUCCCCACCUUCCCCCCACCAUUUAUCCCCUCUCCCUCCUCCUUCCUCCUACCCCUCCUCCACGCUCCUCCGACCCUCACCCUCCACCCCCAUCCCUCCCUCCCCUCCCCACUCCACUCCUCAACUCACGUUUAUAGACAAUAAAGACUAUUGGUGA